UCCGGCGUUUUGCGCUAAAGUACUGUAGUACAAGAUUUCAGUUUUUCAUUAAAUCUUAAGUCAUAAGUUGGUUUGUCCCGAUUUCUUCGAACAAUAUUGUUGAUCCUGGUUUUAUUUGGUUUGAUUCACCACUGCAAACUGCUUCUUCACACCAUGACGGAGACCCAGGAAGAACCCGAAGUUAAUCCCAAAGCAUACCCUUUGGCUGAUCCUUCCCUGACCAACAAAGUGAUGAACCUCUGCCAACAGUCGGUCAAUUAUAAACAGCUGAAAAAAGGAGCAAACGAAGCUACGAAGGCGCUCAAUCGCGGCAUUGCGGCUUUAAUCGUUCUGGCAGCCGAUGCGCAGCCCCUGGAGAUCUUGCUGCAUCUUCCUCUGCUCUGCGAAGACAAGAAUGUGCCCUAUAUUUUCGUCCGGUCGAAAGGUGCUCUGGGCCGAGCGUGCGGCGUUUCGCGGCCGGUUAUCGCCUGCUCUAUCCUGGCCAACGAGGGUUCCCAGCUGAAGGCGCAGAUUGCCGAUCUGCAACAGCAGAUUGAAAGACUUCUCAUCUAAACUAAUUCGUAUGUGGAAUUUACCGUAUGAAACAAUUCCAGGGAUGCCAUUAGUUUUAUCUCCAGUUAUGCAUAAACAACUGUUUCGUGUCGUGCGUAUUAGCCGGGUUUUAUGAUUUACUGUAAGUGUAUUAUAUCUUUAUUUGUUAUUGUUCUUGUUUGUGUACAAACUUAAAGAAUAAUGAAAAACGUAACUGAAGUAUA